AUGGGCUGCUGCUGCUCGACUCAGUCGCGCUCGGCCCUUGGCGCCGCCAUUUUCUCGCUGUUGGUCUGCGUCCCGGCGCUCUUCUACUCGUCGACCCUGUACUCGUACCGAUACGACCAACUCGACUCGCCGGCGUGCAUGGUCUUUGCGAUCGCGACUUUCGCCACCGGUGCGCUCUCGGGCGUCCUGGGCAUCCUCGAGACGCUCGUGACGCGGUGGGACCACCACGAUGUGACGCUCAAGAUGGCCCUUGCAGUUGCCGGUUUCGCGACUCUCCUCAGCCUCGUGUACACGGUCUGGGCGCCCAUCGUGCUCUCUGCGACCUUCAGCGUCGCCGAGUCUCGCUCAAUCGCUCUCGGGACCUUCAUCCUUGUCGCCAUCUUCCUCCUCGUGGCCCCUCUCGCCUGGGCCGCUUGGGCCUACUUUGCGCUCCUGCGCGAGGUGCGCAGCGCCGGCGGACCGUCGAGCGCCAGCGUCCCUCUCGCCUCUGCGGCCGCACCAAUGGGCAGCGACGGCAAGCUCCUCAGGCGGCGGGGCGAGGACAUCGAAAUGAGCCUCCCGCACGGCCGUGCUCGACGCUCUGGCGCUGCCUCGUCGAGGGACAAGGGUCGGUACGCGCGCGUUGGCGGCGGCGGCGGUGGCGGCGAGGGCAGCGCGUGGGAAAGCGCGAGCGAGAGGAGCGGUCUCAGCAGUGAGGAGGACGGAGAGUGGGAGCGGCACAGGCAGGAGAGGAAGCGUCGUAGCCGGGCGUGA